UUUAGAGUAAUAAAACGUCAGCUGUCGUUCAAAAUCUGCAUUUGUCAAUGUCACUCCUGCACUCAAAAUUGUCCAAUAAAUGAAAGAUGUUUGUUACGGCGGGGGUCGAUUUGAAAUUUCACGAAAUCGGCGACACCUGCCUGUUCGCCCACCAGCCCUUUUCGUUCGGCAACAUAACCUCGGUCUCGUGGAGCAACGAUAAUGGAUUCAUAACGACGCUCAGCGAGAACGGCGUCCCGGAAGUGAUCAGCCUGAAAGAGCCGAAACACGUGAAAACCGUUCACGUCGUGACGGCCGUUAAGGACGUCUCCGUCGCUAGCUUUCAGAGAACGACGAAGAGAUUUAUGGGGCUCGGAACUUAUUCCGGUCGGUGCGUCCUAUACGACACAAAGAGUAAGGCAAUUCAUCAGCAGUUUCCGGACGUGCCGGGCGCCAUUAAUCUGCUCGACUUUAAUUACGGCGAUCGACAAAUGGCGGUCUCCUCGCUCGGCGGGAAUCUGUUUCUUUUCGACGUUAACAACGCGAACGUCCUGAAGACGUACGCGACGCCGGACGUUGUCAGCGCGAUGCGUUUCCAUCCGCGCGACAGGAACCUCUUGCUCUGCGGCCUCGAGAACGGCACGCUAAUGCAAUGGGACAUUGACGUCGGUAAAAGCGUCCACUGUAAUCAGCUCCAUUCGGCCGCCGUAAGCGGAUUAGCGUUAACAAACGGUUCAGGCACGUACAUCUCCGUCGGUUACGACAACAAAUUUUGCAUAUACGACACGAAUUCGGGCACGUGCACAUUCCGAAGCAAUCAGCGACAUCCGCUGACGUCAGUCGACGCGCACGUCGAAGAUAACGCGGUGGCGAUAGGAACGUUAUUCGGAAAUUUGUACACUUACGACGUGCGAAAUUUAAUAGCGCCCUCGGCGAGCGAGACGCCCCACAACAGCAAGAUAAACAGGAUAGCGUUCGAGAAUAACAAGAAGCUCGACGUCCUCCUGAAAGGUGCGGCGCCCGAAUCGUCCAUAAGUUUACAGCCGGAAAUUAAAUUUAUGAAUUACAAUUUGGACGCGCACGUCGACGCGAACCUUCCCUGUUGCGACGCGGCGCGUGAAAUUAAACAGGUCGACGGUCGGCGGGAGUCGCCGAACGCGCUGCUCAAGAAGGAAGUGGCGGACGCGGUGAGGACGUGCGCCGAGGAGCUGCAGGCGCAAAUCGCGAAACAAAUGGAAAACCUGCAGGCGUUCAUACUCGAGGAGUUUAAGACGGUGUGCGACGGAAUCGAGAAGAAAUGGGACGACAUCUGUGGGGAGUUUUGCGAAAGCAAGGGGAUACAGUAAAUUUUCCAAUUUUAUCGUUUGAUUUGCUCUUAACGUGGUCACACAAAAUAACUACUGCAACCGGAUGGCCCCGCAACUAUGUCGCCAUUCACACUUGAAGAAUUUGCGCGUGAAAUAUUCGCUCCAGAAAUUUGCUU